AUCGGAGUGCGCCGCGAAGUGACGUAAGAGGGCGGUGCCGGGGCUGUUGGGAGCCCGCGGAGGUCUGAAGAGAGGACCGGAGAGGAGAGAAAUCAGUCGAGCUCUCCUGGGCUGGGGCUCCUGCUUGCCCCUCUCCAGCCUGGAGAACCGAAUGUUUGAAAGACCUCUGUUUCAUUGAAUACCCAUUUUUUCUCCUGAAGGAUUAUGCUCACUUUUGCUGAAGAGUGAAAAAUGACCACACCGAACAAGACACCACCUGGUGCUGACCCUAAACAAUUGGAAAGGACUGGGACUGUGCGUGAAAUAGGUUCACAGGCUGUUUGGUCACUCUCAUCUUGUAAGCCAGGAUUUGGAGUGGAUCAAUUGCGCGAUGAUAAUCUGGAAACUUAUUGGCAAUCAGAUGGUUCACAGCCUCAUUUGGUGAACAUCCAAUUUAGAAGAAAAACAACAGUGAAGACAUUAUGUAUUUAUGCAGACUACAAAUCAGAUGAAAGCUAUACUCCAAGCAAGAUCUCGGUCAGAGUAGGAAACAAUUUUCAUAACCUUCAAGAAAUCAGACAACUCGAAUUAGUGGAACCUAGUGGUUGGAUUCAUGUUCCUUUAACUGAUUCCCAUAAGAAGCCAAUUCGCACAUUCAUGAUACAGAUUGCUGUUCUAGCCAAUCACCAGAAUGGAAGAGACACUCACAUGCGACAAAUUAAAGUAUAUACUCCUGUGGAAGAGAGCUCCAUUGGUAAAUUUCCUAGAUGCACAACGAUUGAUUUCAUGAUGUACCGUUCAAUAAGGUGAAUCUUUUAAAAAAUGAAAUAGGAAGCUAAUAAUGUGAAGUCUUUAUUUUUCCUUCUUAUUGAUACUGUUUAAGGUAUCUUCCUGUGGGGGAAAGGGUAGAGAAUAAAAAUGGUUAAUUAUAUUGUAUACUCUUACAUGUAUAACAUGUUCGUUUAUUUGUUUCACUUUAAUAAAUAAUUUAAAUACA